AAAUCACGCCAUCCUCAAAGCCUCAUCCACCUGUUGUGGGCAAAGUGACUCAUCACAGCAUUGAAUUAUACUGGGAUCUGGAAAAGAAAGCAAAACGUCAAGGACCUCAGGAGCAGUGGCAUAGGUUCUCAAUUGAAGAGGAAGACCCUAAAAUGCACAGUUACGGUAUCAUUUAUACGGGAUAUGCAACGAAGCAUGUUAUUGAGGGUCUGGAACCCAGGACACUGUAUAGAUUCCGACUGAAGGUCACCAGCCCCUCGGGAGAGUACGAGUACAGCCCAGUCAUCUCAGUAUCUACGACCAGAGAACCCAUGAGUAGCGAGCACUUUCAUCGAGCUGUCAACGUGAAUGAUGAAGAUUUGCUCAUUCGAAUACUUGAAGCAGGCCACGUUAAAGUUGAUGUUCCCAAUAAGUUUGGCUUUACCGCUCUGAUGGUUGCUGCCCAGAAAGGAUUCACCAGGCUUGUGAAAAUCUUAGUUUCUAAUGGCACAGAUGUGAAUCUGAAGAAUGGAAGUGGCAAGGACAGUCUAAUGCUUGCGUGCUAUGCAGGACACCUCGAUGUCGUGAAAUACCUGCGAAGACAUGGAGCUUCUUGGGAGGCUAGAGACCUGGGAGGCUGUACAGCUCUGCACUGGGCUGCAGAUGGAGGCCACUGCCCUGUGAUUGAGUGGAUGAUAAAAGAUGGUUGUGAGGUGGAUGUCAUGGACACUGGCUGUGGGUGGACCCCGCUCAUGAGAGUCUCUGCAGUGUCUGGAAACCAGAAGGUGGCCUUGCUCCUCAUCGAGGCUGGGGCCGAUGUGAAUGUGAAGGACAAAGACGGAAAGACACCACUCAUGGUAGCCGUAUUAAAUAAUCACGAACAGUUGGUUCAGUUACUUCUUGACAAAGGGGCAGAUCCAAGUGUCAAAAAUGAGUUUGGCAAAGGUGUCCUAGAAAUGGCCAGAGUUUUUGACAGACAGAAUGUCCUCUCCUUGUUAGAAGAAAGAAAAAAAAAGGUGCUAAGUAAGUCCUCCAUUCAUCAGUGA